AUGACCGGUGAACUGCCAGGCGAUGACCCUGCUGCAAACGAUGGUCUCCAGGAUCCCGGGAUGGAUGGAGACCACGACCCUUUCCUUGGAGAAGAGGGUGGGCAGCAGAGGAUCAAAGGUGCAGAGACACGGCAGGUUGAUGUCUCUGUGUGUCCGUCAACAACAGGUGCUGAAGACGAGCACGGGGAUGGCGGCAUGGGUGGAGGGGCUGGCCCGGGUGGUGCUGACCCAGAUUUAAUGGAUGAAGGACCGAUAGACGGCGAAGAAGGUGGGGCAGCUGAUCCAUUCGAUCGGAACGGACAGGAUGGCGGCGACCCAAUGGGCGGAGGUCCACUGGACGAGGAUGAUCUGCAUGAAGGCGACGGGCCGCUUGAUGGAGAGGAUUCACUGCCCGGAGGCCUUCCUGAUCUUGAUGACGGUGGACAUGGAGGUAAGGGAGCCGCCCUGGAACGUCGAUGAAUCUCUGUGUUUCUUGUUUGUAGGGGGGCAGGGAUCAUCAGACUGGCGGCAGGAUUGGCUGCCGGCCCUCAAUCUACCACCGGACCCGACAGAUAAAGACCUCGGUAUGGCAUUCGGCACAAUCGACAGCAACUACGAUGGGUUGCUCGACCAGGACGAGGUCCGACAGAGGUACGACACACUUGCGCGCACAGUGCACUCCAUCUCCUCACCAAAGGUCCCCAUGUUCCUUUCCCCAUCCGUUUGUCAGCUGGAGUAGCUCAGGCCACGCUGGUCCCUCUGAUGAGGGCGUGUACCUGGCCUUCGAGGAGCUGGACCAGAAUGCCAACGGGUUCGUGGAGAGUGAGGAGUGGUCCAACGUCAUACAUGACUCGCUCUUCUCGGGACACGACGACCUCAUCCACGACCCGUGCAUCGACGACCCCGACGCGUGCGCAGCUCUAGACGAGUUUGGGGACUUGCUGGCUUCUGAGGACCAGACAGUGUAAGAGCAAUGCAAUACGGUCUGGUGCAAUGCAAUCACAUCGCACCCCCGUCUGUCUGUGUUUGCUUUGCAGGUAUCAGCCUGGUGGGUUGGUCUCCCCGUGUGAUCCACCGCUGGUGUUCGAUCCCAACGGCAAGGUCUGCCGCAACAAGUGUUCAAGUGUGGGCGACCUCCCCGACCCGGACGGCUUUUGCCAGCCCAACCCCAAGGCCCAGGCCUCCCCUGACGUGCCUGUCAGCGACUCCCUCACCCUCGACUACGACCCUGGCCGUGCAAUUGAAAUCAUUGAGAACGGCACCAUGAUGGCCGAAUUCGCACGUGCCUUCGAGGAGAAGAUGGCAGCCUUCCUUGGCGUGCCGAGGUCACGGAUCAGGGUUGACGACGUCAUUGAGGGAUCCCUGAUUGUCUACUACGAACUCGAGCCGGCCAUCACAAGUUAGUGCGAAAGGAAUAGAGCAAUAUGCUGUCAUACUGCCUUGGUGUCUCGAUGUCUCACGCUCUCUUUCGACAGAUCAGGACCAAGUGUAUUCGCCCACUGGCCUUCAGGAGCUCAUCAACGUGCAGCGGCCGUUGCUAUUCCUCACGAACUUCACCGUCCUCAGCUAUACCAGCCCAUACGGCAGCGUCAGCUCUGCCACACAGGCGGUAUUCAACCCCGAUGCCACCGCAGAUCUGCUGGCCAAGUAUGCCAGCGCUCUGUCAAACAAGAAGCCCAUCGUCACUGUGCAGAGUGACAAGGUGCCAAAAGAGAGUAUGGACAGCCGGAGACAUGACAUUGUACGUUGUGUGAACACCCUUGUGUGUGUGUUGUGUUGUGUUGUGUUGUGUGUAGGUCUUCACGAUAAGUAAGAUCGACAUCGUGAACCGAGACGCCAAGGACACCUACCUCCCAACCGAGCCCUACCUCCCCAACAUCGUGGAGCCCACCCGCAGCCCCCCUGUGAUGGACGUCGAAGUGGCCCUCUUCCUCGUCCCUGACUUCCAGAACAUCACUGAAGCCAGCCUCUGCCCCGCCAUGGUCAUGCCGCAGAGCGAAGAACACCCCAACACUUCUCCAACAUCCCUGGGAGAUUCGGCUCGUAUUGGGGCGCGUGGAAGGCGCAGAAGGGCAAGGACAUUCGGCUGCGGUCUUGCGAGGUGCGCGACUUCAAUGCGACUGGGGAGGGGUGUCAGGCGCUUAACAGCCUGCCGAAGAGCAGGUACAGGCCGUCGUGCACAAUGGAGCUGCCGCCCAAGAAACGCAUGGAGUAUUCAAUUCACAGCGCCGCUCAACCAUAAGGUAGGUGAGAAUAUUAUGGCAAACUAACAAUCCAUUGUGUUUCCCGUUCAGUGGGUGAUGCCAGAGGGUCGUGACGAUUUCCAACAAGGCGUGGUCCAUAAGCCUGAAUGGACAUUGUACGGCAGAACGUGACCCGUCGACUGCGUUGAAUGCACUGGCUGCCUGUGUGUGUUGUGCCAUUACAGUGACUUCGAGACGCAGUAUGUGUUCAUGUGGGACGGUAAGUCACCCGCACGCACCAGGAGCGCACUGAUGUGAUGCAUAUUUCAUGUCUGCCUGCCCGUCUUGCUCCCGCACCAGCGAGCGCCCGGGAGGUAGAGAAGUCAUUCAUGGCCAAGGCAGGCCCUGGUAAGUAAGGGAGGGCUGGUUUGGUGUGAAUGACAUUGUGUGUCGUCUGUGCGUGUGCGUCAGGCGAGAGGCUACUGGGGGAGCGAUUCCUCUACGCAGGUGCAUUUGUGAGGCUGGACCAAUUGCCUGUGCGCCCAUGUCUGUCUCUGUGCAUGGCUUUCAGGCGAACCCUUCUUCAAGUACACAAGAUAGACACGAUAUAGGCUGAAGCACACGAAGUGUGUGGGUGGUUGCGUCAUGGCAGGGGCAACCAGACAUGCCGCAACAGCACGGUCUGCGGUGGCUGCUCAUGUCAUAGCAGCAGCCGCAAGUGCGGGCCGCCCAUCGCGCCACCUGCCAACCCAGUCACCAUACUACCCGACAUCAGUAGGCCUGCCGCUAUACAACACUGCACAGCACACGUGUGUUGCAUUCUGUGGGCGUAGGGCUGCACAUCAAUAAGGGUCGUACCAAGGCAGUGGUGGAGGAGGAGCAGCAGUGGUUCUGGCCGACAGGCAAAACACUCAACGACCUUCUCGAGUGAGACAGGCAGCCAACCAACCAGCCAGGCAGACAGGGCCCGGUUUGUGUCUGUCUGUGUGUCAGCAAGGGGUUUGAUGGUGACUCGCCGCACUUCCCGGGCGAGUUUGAGGUGUCAAAAUUACGCAGGGGGCGGAUGGGGAUCGACACCAUGUACUCUUGUUUGUGUGUCGUGUGGUGCAGGUGCCUCUGCAAGGCGGGUUGGCGUCCAUCACAGGUGCAGAGGACAGGGCAUUCCCACUCCUGCCCGGCAGAAUAUACACCAUCAGAGCAAACGUCCAGGUCUGCACCCACACCCACACCCACACCCACACACACCAACAGAGACACACGUGCAUCUGUGUGUGUGUGAUGGGUGCCUGCAGGUGUUUCCUCUGUACGAGAAGAGCAAGUGGGACUGGUUCGGUAGGUCGAGGCUUGUCAAGUGGGAGGCCUCGGUGGCGGACGCUCAGGCCGCCGUGGCGCCCCUCGACUACGAGGCGCGGCACGAGUGCCGCGUUCGCUAUAUCCUCAGGAUCGACAACAGGGCCAGACAGCUCGUCAAGGUCUACACAUACGACCUCACUGGUACGGAUGGAUGGAUGGAUGAACCGUCAAAAUCGAUGUGUGUGUGUGUCUGUGUGUGUGUGUGUCCGUGUGCGUGUCUGUGUGUCGUAGCUUUUCUGACGGACCUGGGAGCGUGGCUUGGGUUCUGGUGAGUGCCCAUCACGUGCAAACACGGACCAUAUGUACCUGAAUGAACACUUGUGCAUAUUAUUCUCUCAGGGGUCUGGGCAUCGUGCUCCUCGGCAUCUGGCAGGUGUGGACGUUGCAGUCAACACAAGCCGCCACACACAUGUCUCGAUGGCAUUGCAGAUGCUGUACAAGCCCUUCGGCCACGUGUUGGGAGAGGACGUCGAUGAGAGGGCCGACCGCUUCAAAGAAGAAGCUAAGGUACGCCAAGCCGCAACGGCAGCCAGUGGUUGACCGACUGCGUCGCUGCCUCGCUGCAGGAGGCGUAUGCCGUCAAGCGCAAGAAAACACUGUAAGCCGGCCAGGCCCACCACACACACUCUCACAAUCCAUAUCUCUGCGAGCAGGUUGAAGGACCCGGCGCGCUAUGGCCUGACGGCUGAUGAGGUGUCCAAGCUCCAGCAGAUGGGCGAGGGCGAUGAGGCCGCCAGCCUGUCGAGGAUAUUCAGAGACACAGAGGACCAACCUGAUGAAGAUGACGACGUCGAGAAGGCCAAGAGAGAGACAAGGGCUGCUGAUGGUGCAGAUGACCAUCCAGUACGCCAGCAGCAGCACCAGCAGCAGCAUCAUGGCAGCGCGGAUCUAGAUGACGUGGGAGAGGGAGAGGGUGAUGGUGGUCCGGGGCAGCCCGAGAAGAAGAGGACUCUGGUGGACCUCACUGAGCUGCCGAGAGACGACGGCAGAGACGAUGACGACACAUCGCAGAGAAAAAGUGAGCACGUCUGUCCCCAUGUGUCUGCCAGUUGCACACGUGUGUCUCCCUCCCUCCCUCUCCAGGCUGUACUGGAUUUCUUGUCGAGCAGUCUAGGAGACGAGGUGAGUCAGUCCGUGACACACACACACACACACACACACAAAGACACACAAAACAGUUUGUGGGCCAAGGGUCCACGAUGAGCGUGUGUGGAUGCAGAGCGGUGUCCGGCGGGUCGACCGGCAGAGGGACGACGCGCACCAUACCAACAAGGUAAGCGGCAGAUGCGAUGCAAGUGUGUAAGGUGUGAUGGCACGAACGUCACCCCUGCGCUGCGCUAUCGUCUGACUAUGUGCAGAUCUAGUAGCGGUCGGAAGAUCAUUAGUUUGCUCUGGGGGGUAGCCCCUUUCUGUCUGUCUCGGCUAUGUGUAGCCCUCGGUCACCCAAUGUAGUCAGUCCUUCAUUAUGCAUGUGUGUGUCUCGCUCGCCGCCGUAGCUCUGCUCCUCUGUUCACCUUUAUGUGGGUCUUGUCUUCUUUAUCGCAGCCGCAACGCUGCAUUGCGUGUGCACGUCUGUGGCAGUGGAGGUGCGUGUGGGUGCGUAUGGGUGGUGCAGGUGAUGCAGAAUAGGACUUGAGGGCUGCGUGUGUGCUGGUAUGUGGGUAUGCAUUUGACUGACACGGAAUGAAUCUCAGAUUGUCAGACAAACUCACCCUCAGUCAGCAACGGGAAGACUUGACAGACACGCACCAUGCCCCCGCUGCCUGCCUGCCUGCCUGCACAAAUACUGUCUGCCUUUCCCCAAACCCCAC